AUGCACGCUCGCACGGUUCCCAUAAUACCAGUUAAUUUUGAAGAGAAAUGUCUCGACGAGAUUGUGAUCAAAAUGUCCCCGGAGCAAAAAGAUGAAAAGUACCGUACCGGUAGUGGAGGUGGUUAUUCUAAUCCCGAAUUAGGAGAGCUCUACGAGAAAAUUAAAGCACAAGCCUUCUCCAAAGAAGCUCUCAAAAAGGUCGAAAACUACAAAGCAAAAAAGGGUUCUAGCGGUUUCAAGAUCAUUGAGAUGAAUGGAAAGGAAGUCGCGGGGUUCAGGGAAGUCAUUGCAGACCACUUCUCUCCAACACCUUCUAAGAGGAAAAGAGGUCAAGGGUCUCCAUAUUCUGAUGCCACCGAAGGGCAGAGAACUCCGCGGCCAAGGAUAGGGAGUAUUGAUGGUCAAAAUAAGAAUGACGCGAUGAUAGAUGAAAAUAAUGAGGUGAGAGAUGAAAAUGGUAGACCUGAGGUUGCGCCUAAAGAAAAAACCACCGAGUGGAUCACACCGAGGUUCUGCCAGCCUCAAAUUUCCCUCCUAACUAACUUAGUUACUGGUAUACAAAAGGAGCGCCAUUAG